ACCUAGCUAGACAGAGUUCGGGCACACUUUAGUUAACUAAUCUAUUGGUCAUGACUGUAGUCCUUGCGCGAACUUGGCCUUGAUGCCGCAUUUAUUGAGGGACAAAGCAAAGAUAUAGGAUCUUUGGGGCAAAGGCUGAUCAUGCUGAUGGCGUCGAGUGAUACCUGGGCACAAUAGACAAACUAGGGCUAUAUUAAAGUGGAGCGAAGGAUCAUACCAGCUGAACACAUUCACAAGUGUGUAGCUAGCUAUAGCCGGUGGUGGAGUCCGGAGUUGCAGUUGAUUCGGCGGGCUUUCUCACGUCAAGUGUGACUAGAUUCUAAGCCAUGGCUUUCCAAAAGUACAUCGAGUUGCCCAACAAAGCGAAAAUGCCAAUUUUGGGGUUGGGUACUUGGCAGUCCAAGCAUGGUGAAGUGACCAAUGCUGUCAAGGCUGCGCUGGAGGUUGGCUACCGUCAUCUGGACUGUGCCAUGAUAUACGAGAACGAAGCGGAAGUGGGUGCCGGCUUGAAGGCCAAGAUCGAUGAUGGCACGGUGAAAAGAGAGGAUGUAUUCAUCACCAGCAAGCUGUGGUGUACGAUGCACCACCCCGACGAUGUUGCAAAGGCCUGCCAAAUGACUCUGGAUCAACUUGGAGUGACCUACUUGGACCUUUAUCUAAUUCACUAUCCGAUGGCUUUCAAGAGGGGGGAUGUACUCUUUCCCAAGGAUGAAAACGGUGUGUUGCAGGUGGAUGACAUUGAGUACACCGACACGUGGCUCGCGAUGGAGCAGCUUGUGGAAAAAGGCAUGUGCAAGGCCAUCGGCUUGUCCAACUUCAACCUGAAGAUGAUCAAGGAGAUUCAGGCUAUCAACAAGGUCCCGAUAGCCAACCACCAGAUUGAGCUUCAUCCUUGGCUGACCCAGGAAGAGCUUGUUCGAUACUGCCAGGAUAACAACAUCUCCGUCACGGCAUACAGCCCCCUAGGCUCACCGGAUCGUCCAGGGGUGAAAGAUACCGACCCUAAUCUGAUGGCUGACCCAGAGGUGAUGCGAAUCGCCGAGGCCAAGGGGAAGAGCCCUGCUCAGGUCUUGAUCCGCUUCGCUCUCCAGCGAGGCAUCAUCUGCAUCCCCAAGAGCGUCACACCCUCCAGGAUCAAGGAUAACUUUGAGGCUCUAGAUUUUGAGCUGAGUGCCACUGAUAUGAAAGACCUGAUGGCCCUCAACAAGAACUAUAGAGUCUGCCCGGCAGAAUGGAUCAAGCAUCGUCAUCACCCCUUCACCCCACUUGCCUCGUAAAUAAAGACAAUAGAAGGAACACAUCACAGCUGAGAUAUGGAAGUCUCAAAACUUCAAUUUUUACCCCUCAAGGCAUCCGUCCAUCCAUCCAUCCAUCUGUCCGGACGGGCAGCUUAGUUUCCGGAUGAUAACUUGAGUUAGAAAUGUUGUUUCUUCUUUGUUGUGACUUCUUUUGGGUUUUUUCGGUGCUGACUUUUUUUAGGUGGAUUGUUGUCUAAAAUUUGCCCAACUCGAUGGGUAUAGAGGCUAUAUUCUUCAAAAGUAACUUCCAUUAAAAGCUUGCCAACUAUCAUGAGUUUUAAAAAGCAUGUCAAGCAGCACAUUUUAAAUUCAAAUAAUCUGUAAUAUACAAUAAGCUCCUUUUAUGGUAAAUUUGGUGUCAAUUUUGAUGAAUUUUGAAUUGGAUUUAAUUUCUUAAUGUUGAUUUUUAUGUAUUUUGUUUUUGUUUUAAUUUAUUUUU